CCUUCAGUUAUGUCCAUCAACAAAUAUUGGAAUACUACACUAUACUUGUCAACCCUUUGAGAGUUAGAAUGGCUGCUGCUAUUGAAAUCCCCACAAUAGUGUUUCCAAACUCCUCUGCCCAACAGAGGAUGCCAGUGGUUGGAAUGGGAUCUGCCCCUGACUUCACAUGCAAGAAAGACACAAAGGAGGCUAUCAUUGAGGCCGUGAAACAGGGUUACAGACACUUCGACACUGCUGCUGCUUAUGGCUCUGAACAGGCUCUCGGUGAAGCUCUCAAGGAAGCUAUCCAUCUUGGCCUCGUCUCCCGCCAAGACCUCUUUGUCACUUCCAAGCUUUGGGUCACCGAAAAUCAUCCUCAUCUUGUCCUUCCUGCUUUGCGCAAAUCACUUAAAACUCUUCAACUAGAGUACUUGGACCUGUAUCUCAUCCACUGGCCCCUGAGUUCUCAGCCAGGGAAGUUCUCAUUUCCAAUUGAAGUAGAAGAUCUCUUGCCUUUUGACGUGAAGGGUGUGUGGGAAUCCAUGGAAGAGUGCCAGAAACUUGGCCUCACCAAAGCCAUUGGAGUCAGCAACUUCUCUGUCAAGAAGCUUCAGAAUCUGCUCUCUGUUGCUACCAUCCGUCCCGUGGUCGAUCAAGUGGAGAUGAACCUUGCAUGGCAACAGAAGAAGCUAAGAGAGUUCUGCAAAGAAAAUGGGAUAAUAGUGACUGCGUUCUCUCCACUGAGGAAAGGUGCGAGCAGGGGCCCAAAUGAAGUGAUGGAGAAUGAUGUGCUGAAGGAGAUUGCAGAGGCUCAUGGGAAAUCCAUAGCCCAGGUGAGUCUGAGAUGGUUGUACGAACAAGGUGUGACAUUUGUGCCAAAGAGCUACGAUAAGGAGAGGAUGAACCAGAAUCUGCACAUCUUUGACUGGGCAUUGACUGAACAAGAUCAUCACAAAAUAAGUCAAAUCAGCCAGAGCCGUUUGAUCAGCGGACCCACCAAACCACAACUCGCUGAUCUCUGGGAUGAUCAAAUAUAAACUAUUUACUACUAUGCAGCUCCCACUCUAUUUUUAUAAUCCAUCUUUUUACCUCUUGUUUCAUUUUACGUUUAAAUAAUUCAUACCAUGCCACUUCUUAUUUUAGAUUUCACAAUCAAUAAACUAGGCACGCGCGGCACAUGAUAUGAAUAAACUAUGUUCAAUUUGUUUUCUUCU